UAUGUAAUUAAUCAGUUGAUAAGGUUUGUUUUGUUUUACAAUGCUAUCUCUUGUCCGAAGUUAUGAAUAGAUUAUUAGUAUUUGUGAUAUGGUUAUCAUGCUACUGUUAACCGUCUAACACACCUGGGGAUAUACCUUGGCAACCGCUGAAUCAAACUGGUAGUUUAUCUGUUGUUGCAACAAUAUUCAAGAAGUCACACCAAUCGCCUCACACGGGGCACCACUGUAAUUUGUAGGUGCAAUUGGUAAUUGAGUGAUCAAUCUCAUUAAAUCAGUCUCAUUAAUUAAUACCAUUAAUUUUGGUGCUUAAUAAUAAAUUACCAAACAGCCAAAUUAUGGUAUAUUCCAAAUUAUUAUGAUCACUUAACGUAUUAUAUAACUCAUAUGCACCUUGGAGUUCUUUGAGGUUGGGUACUUCAAAAAUAUCGGAACACAAAUAAACACACAGUUUCAAUAAUUAAUUGAAUUUAUUAUAGCAAAGAUAAAAUGAAUAAUGGCAGUUGAAAUAUAUAUACAAAUAUGAUAUACUUGAUGAGCGUGUGCGCGCGCGUGUGUGAGAGGCCUUAUGACCACGUGUUUCUAAGUACAGCAAGAGAGUUAGCUUUGGUUGCUAAUUGAGAUAUGUGUGUGUGUGUGUGUGUGUGUGUGUGUGUGUCCACGUGGUGUAGGCCUUGUGGCCUAAGCAAAAGGUUAGCCUAGCUUGCUAACGAGACAAAGAAUGCUAGCUAAGGUGUGUUUGUGAGUGAGAGGCCUGGUGACCACGUGUUUCUAAGUAAAACAAGAGAGCUAGCUUUGGUUGCUAAUUAGACAAAAGAAUUAGCCGUAUGUGGCUAGCUAAGGCCCAAGGAUCCUACCUCGUGGAGUUAAGACAAAAAGUGUGUAUGUGAGUGUGGAGGAGGGCCGCCACGUGUUCCCUUGAGACAAUACAAUUGGCCCUGAAUGCUAAUGGGACAAAAGAAUUAGCCGUAGGCUAAUUUCACUAGCUUAUAACAGUACUAAAUCCACUGAAAUCGUGAUGCGGUCAAAAUACGUGUAACAAUGAAAUUAAAGUGUUAGACAGGAAUAAGAGAGAGAGAGAGAGCAUGCAAAGCCUAUCUAUUAAACAAUUAAGAGAUCAAAAUAGAACAAUGAUGGAAACACAAAAUCAGUGUGCACACUUAAACAGUUCCUGAGUUUAAAUUCACACUUCUUCAUAAAACUAAUUCCUAAGACUAGUUUUUAUGCCCAAAUGCCAGUCUUACUUCAGUAUCUCGUCUCUACGCGAGAUUAUGAGAAGAUGUUCCGAGACUUUUGGAGUUUCACCGUUGUGGAGCACGUGAGUCGAUUCCGUGGAAAGCAGAGGAUUUCUUGGUCCGACGCGUGAUCACUCGUGAUGAAAAGAAAGUCUCUGAUCAGACAAUGUGUACACGCUUUUAAUUAGAAGGAUCCGGUCGCUUCUAACAUCAAUUAACUGCUUGGGCUGCAGUCCGUAUGUACGUAUAAUGAAUAAAUUAAACCGGUUGUAUUCAAUCUGAGUCAAAUCGCGCGAUUCCAGAGUCUACCGUGGCCAAAGGUGAAAGAAAAGCGCGAAACUCUGAUUCUUGAAGAAAAGACGUCUUUAUCUGGUUUGCUUGGCGGAGCAAAUCCUCUUUUUGCCUGCAGACCGCUGGUCCAGACGAAAAGAAGUAUGGCGGAUUUCCGGGUCCCUUAUGGAGUCGUGGAGGAAGUGACGUAGAUGAUCCCGCCCACACGUGACUGUGAGCUGUUGGAGCCAACUGGUCAGUCUCCCAGUGCUGAGGAUGAGAUGCGUUCUGCAGCCUGCGGCCUAGUGUGUGAAUGGGCACAGAAGGUUCUGAGCCGCCAGUUUGACAGCGUGGAGGAUUUAGCACGGUUUUUACUCAACAGCCACUAUAUUGGCACUAAAUCCAUGGCUGCCCUAACUGUUAUGACUGGAACCCCAACAGGUGUUAAAACGCCCACUCCAGCCUCUGCGUUUGUCCCAACUGGUGACACCAACUCCUUCCAGCCCCAAAUGAAAACUCUCCCUUCACCCUCUGUUGACACCAAGCAGCAGCUCCAGCGAAAGAUUCAGAAGAAACAACAAGAACAGAAACUAACUUCUCCAUUACCAAGUGAUGCCCAAGCCAGAAGAGCUGAAGCAGGCACACCAGGCCCUGGGUCUAGUAUCACCUCGGGAAGUCCAGCUUUGUUGUCCUCACAGCCUGCAAUAGGUAUUGUGGUGGCUGCAGUGCCAAGCCCCAUCACGGUUCAGAGGAACAGACAGCUGAUGACUUCUCCAAGUCCAGUUGCAACAACAGAAGGAAAGGUUUUACCAGUGAAUUUCCAAGUAGUAACCCAGCCUGUUAAGCAGUCCCCUAAAACUCCGCAGAAUAUUCCUGCCAGUCCUGUUGGUGACAGGUUAGCUAGGCACAGAUAUGCCCAGAUUCUCCCCAAACCCUCUGCCACAAGCGGUAUAACUCUUCGUUCCCCCCCAACACUCCUUAUUACUAACAGCCCUAUAAAAACAGUGAUGCCCACUCCACAUGUCAGCUCAGUUAACGUCGUUAAGAUGACUGCUAUAUCGUUGACGCCUAACAAUAGUGGUGGUAGUAACACUCCAACACCAUUACGACCUGCUUCAGCUGGUAUCACUGUUUCCCAGGAAGAGUCUAACCAAAUUCAGCAAGCUCAGAACGGCAGCUCAGCUACUCUGCAUUCAUCUGGAGCUGGAAGAGUUGGCCAUCCUGCCACAACCCCUAUUCCAUCCAUUUCCUCCAUGAGUGAAGUCAAGGUAAAAUCUGAAGCUGUGAAUGAUAGUAACUCGUCUGCUGGUGCAGAAAAGCAGAGCACUGCACCAGGGAACAAUAUUGGGCAAAAGAAUGAGAGGGCCACUAAAUAUAGGGCUUCCAGUGAACCUUCUCUUCUUGUUAAGGCAUCCCCAGUGCCUGAAAGAGUUACUAGAGCCAAAAGUGACUCUGCAACACCUCCAAGUACAAUCAUAGGGGCAGCUGCCCCAAUUAGCAAUAACAGCAGUGAUCAUCAGGAGAGUACUUUGUAUCUGACUGUUAUGAAUCAGAAUGCUGACACUGGAUCCAAUGAGACAGCUUCCCCAACUGACCAGUCACCAAAAGAUGCUGGUCUUGGAUUGAAAAGUCCUCGAAAGCGCUCUGCUUCUGUUUUGGAGUCGCAUGCAAUCCCAGUUAAGAGGGUGUUCAUAUCCCAGCAGUCUUUGGAUGCCAGCAACAAUCCUAAACCUAGUCUAGUAAUAGCCACAAAGAAGAUACAGAGGCCAGGAACUCCUGCACGACCAGAGAGUGCUCCAUGUAAAGUCACUAUUAAACAGAACUCUCUUCCAACACAAAUCUUGGCACUUUCUGAUACACCCAUUGGAAACACUUCUCAGACUAUUGUAAGUUCUCAGAGCUCUUCACAGGUUGAGCAUGGGGACAGCUCUGCUGGAAUAAGCUCUACUGAUAUAGGCUCUUGUAAUAGCACAUCAUCUGAUCAAACUUUAUUGCAACAAAUUGUGAGCCAGCAACAAGUUACCAUUGCCAUUUCUCAGGAGGCAUCUGCUGUGAGUGAGCUGAAGAGCUCAUUACAAAACUACUCUCAACAAAUACAGGCAGAACAAAAGCAGGUAACUACUAGCCACUUGCCAUUGAUGGCCCAACCCCCUGAAGCAUCUGCUCAGUUGACACUCCAGCAAGACAUUGUUGACUUUGGAGCUCAAGCCAGCAUUGACUAUUUCCCUUUCAAUGAAGAUGACAUGACACAAGAUAGCAUAGUGGAAGAGCUGGUGCAGAUGGAGGAGCAAAUGAAGCUGAAUAGCAGUCUACAGCCUUACCUUAGUUCUCUUGAUAUACCCUUACAAGGCCAGUCAGCUCAAAGCACCAUCCUGUCCUCUCACCAGACUGGCACACAGUUCUACCACUCUGCACAUAGUAGCACCACUCCAGUGCACACUCCUACCCCCACACCAACUCCAACACCGACUCCAACUCCAACCCCUACCUCUGAAAUGUUGCCAGGGGGUCACAGCUUGACCAGGGAAAGUCCUUGCUGUAGAGUGGCACCUAUUACCCCAGUUGAUGGGAUUUUAGGUAGUCGACAUACACCUAUUAACACUCCAUUGUCCAACUGCAGCAGUAGUGUCCCACCAAGUCCUGUUGAGUGUCGUAAUCCAUUUGCAUUUACUCCCAUUAACUCCAACAUACCAGGUUAUCAUGAUGGCAGUGUAGUGUCCAGUAGCCCAGUCAAGCCCAUGCAGAGACCAAUGGCCACUCACCCAGACAAGGCCAAGCUGGAUUGGAUCAACAAUAGAUAUAACAGCACUUCAGGCUCCCCGUCAGUGUCCAACAAUAAUGCCAUCGGAAUCCUUCCAAGCUAUCAGGACUUGGUGGAAGACCACUUUCGUAAACCACAUGCAUUUGCUAAACCAGGGCAGUCUUUUCAGUCUCAGUCCAGGCACCAGGAUGGGCAGUUGGGUCGAUUAACAACUGUGUCACCAGUACAACAAGGACAACAGGCAGUGGAGAACAAGCAGGAAAGUUUUGCUGUGCCAGCACCAUUAGACAAUAAAGUUACAGGUGGUACAUCUGGGAAUGGAGGUGGAACUUUUAGGUGUCGCAGUGUGAGUCCUGCUGUUCGUCAGCGCAAUCUAAGUGGCACGUCUGUGCAAGCCAACCCUACCCCAAGGUCUGCUGUUUCACCAUUCAAUUCUCCCAUAACCUCAGAGGUUCUUAGCAUUCUUUCCAACAGUCAUUCAGUGGUCACUGCAAACAGCAUGGCCCAAAGGAGCCAGUCAGUACCACUAAGCAUCAUGAUGCAGUCUGAGAUGUUGCCAAUUGGCCAACAGGGACAGCAGAGUAAUAGUGCCAAGAUCACCACUGUGCUCCUGAGUAAAAUGGAUGCAGAUGGAGAUGAUACAGUGCGUGGGCUGGGUGUCAAUAACAUGCCCUCCAAGUACACAGCCCGGAUGAACCUGACACAGAUUUUGGAGACAACGCAGGCCUUCCCAGAAGGCACGAACCAUCAUGGUCAACAGCUGUCUGUCUGCUCAAGCCCUUCACAGUUUGACUUCCAGAAGCCUGGUUUCCUUAUAAGCACUGGAGAUGAACCAAUUACUUUUUCUAAUGAUGACCAAGCACAAUCAGGCUCUGGGCUCCAGCAAGAGCAGCAGCUUCAACUACAGGAACAACAGUUGGAACUACAGGAUCAACAACUGUUGCAAGAUCAACAGUUGCAACUUCAGGAACAACCAUUGCAACUCCAGGACCAACAGUUGGAAUUACAAGACCAACAUUUACAACUGCAGCACCAACAACUGCAGCUACAAGACCAACAGCAGCUACAACAUGAUCCAAACCUCAGCCAGCAGCAGUUGCUGUCUCAAACCUCACAACAGGAUGAGGAACAGCAGCAGGAGCAACUGGACUUUAACAACACUGUCAAGGAUCUCUUAGGGGAGGAUGGACUCAAUCCCAGCUCACAAUUGGUUGGGCAGGUGGCAUCAGAACUCAGCACAGUAGCAUCUGACUUUUCUAGUGAAAUUCGUUUGGCCUCUGACCUUUCUGGUAGCAUCAAUGACCUGAACACUUUAGAUCCAAACCUUUUGUUUGAUCCAAGUCAGCAACAGGACCAAUAUGAAGACGCCACACUGGAGGAGCUGAAGAACGACCCGUUGUUUCAGCAGAUAUGCAGUGACACUGUGAAUUCUGCUGGAUUUGACUGGUUGGAGAACAAAGACCAACCAACAGUGGAAAUGUUGGGUUAGUAUUGUUUCCUUUUGUGUUUGUUGUGGUUGUUGCUGUUUGUCACUAUUUAUGGUUUCUGUUGAUUGUUCUGUUUUGUUUUUUUGUGACUGUCCUUUCUGUUUUUAAUGUGAUUUGUCCACUACAUCAACACACUGGAUACAUCGGUUAGUCCAGUGGGAAGUGCCAGUCUGAUCUGUUCAUUUAUUGGAUUUAUAGAUUUUUUUUUUUUAAACCCAAUUCAUUCCAGUCUUCUCAUCCUGAUAUUUCUCUAUAUAGUUUACUAUUUCUUUCUUUUGGCUAUGAAUUGGUUGGCCCCAAUAUGCAUACAUUUUUUUAAUUACUAUGGUAAUACAAGUUUAUAUUUCCAAGUUACAUACAUUUUAAUACAAUUUUGUUUUUACUUUCACAUUGAUGUUUUAAAUAUUUUGUUCCCAUGAAUCAUAAGUGAUGUGAAACUAAAUGCAAUAUUUUGCAUGAUGAAUCACUGAGUUUUUAAGUGUCUUGCAUAUGUAUUGUGUUCAGCUUUGCAAGCAUGUUGGUAAGUUACAUUGUUAGGGUUUACUUAAUUUACAUCAUCAUGACUGAAGUUUGCCGUCACUUUUGCAUAUCUUAACUCAGUCAGAUUAAAAGAUUUAGGUGCUAACAGGUGCUCAAUAAAAGUAACUGGCACUAUCACAUCAUUUUCCGUAAUUAUGUUCUAUUUAAUAAAUAGAAAAUUAGAAAACUUAAUAAUAGGCCAUAAUAAUUGUACUGUUAAAUAGAAGGAUGAUGAUGAGGAUUACAUAUUUGCUGUAUCUACACAGUUUUAAAAAAGUGAAUAUUACAUGAGGGAGAUUAAUCUGCCUUAUUUCCGAAGUCCUAGGCCUUAGGCGUAGGCUUUAAGGUGCGGAAAGAUUUUUAAAGGCCUUGCUGCAUUUCCAAAAAAAAAAAGCUUGGCUUUUUGUUAUUGUGAAUUAUUGAUGUGGUUUCAAACGCAUCGCUUAAAGUUAGUAUAUUUUAACAUUCCAUGUAGUUUUUCUUCACAUUUUGUUACAGUUGAUGGCUAACAAAAUGAUGGUGUCAUUUUGAAAGAAUAUGGUGAUGGCCAGGUGCUAUCUAGGGCUAUGUCUUGUGAUCACAUAUCCAACCUAAUAGGUAUUCAUUGAAUUUCAAUCUAAAAUCCAUACCAAAGAACAGCUUUAUAAUAACUAUAAGCAUUUGAGAUUAGUUAUAUUCAUCUCCAAAUUAGCAUCAUUUUGGAAGAAAACUGGUUGGACUUGUUGGUUAAUAAAACAGGGUUUUGUGGUACUUGAUUUUCAGAUGGGAUCAUAUUUGUGUAUAGUAUGUAUAUGGAAAAUGUAUCUGAUGUACAGGUAAUAAUGGAUGGUAAGCAUGUUGUCAAGUCAUUAACGGAUUCAUGAAAGCUUAAUUUGGCUAUUUGUAGUCACUAUAUUAAUGCCCCAUAUGUAAAAAUGACAUUUUAUCAAUACACUGUCUUACAGUGAAAAUUUUUAGAUAGGUCCGAGUACCCUUGAGAAAACAACAAAAGAAGAAAUAUUACAUUGCUCAUAUUGAAUCUAUAGCCAGCACGAUAUGCUGUGUGUUAUGUUUUUGGCUUUCUGUGUAGUGCAAGUAAUGCUGUCUGUCUGGUCUUUAGCUUGAUGUGCCAUUUUCCUUAGAGAGUCUAUUGGUCUCUGCUUUGCAGAUGUGAUGUGUACAUUGAGAGAGGAAAAUACGCAUGGUUUAUAUAAAUAUAUAAAAAAGAUGAAUAAUCAUAUAUUAAAUGUUCAUUUUAUUGUGACAGUCAAAUGUAUUGCGCAGAUAACCCUGGAGUGGCAGGCACUGGAAAAUCAAUGGUUUAUGAUUCAGCAAACUUGGGAAGUUCACUUUAUUGCACUAAAGAUUUUCCUUUUUUGUAACCAUGCCUUUGUGAGACAUUUUAAAGGACAAAAUGGAAGAAUUGAAGUGAGCAAAAAGCAGAUUUUUUUUUUCAAAGGUAAAUUGCAAAAGGGGAAUUACAAAUGACAUGGAAAAUUACAAUGAAUUAUUGCCUUGUGUAGCAAUGUGCACUAAUCUCAAUGAGAUACACAUUUUUACUCAUUCUCAUCCAUGAGAAUAAGAAAGAAAAGCAAACAAAAUUUAACCUUAUUAAAAGUGAAUAAAAGAGAACAUACUUCACUAUGUUAUUCAAUGAUUGUAUGUGCGCAUGUAUGUUGAACUAUCUAUUGUAGUACAUGUUGUGACCACUCCCUCCACAAAAAAGGGACUGGUUGUGUUGACCAGAGGGGGGAAAAAAGAAAAAAAUGUAGUGUUCUUUUGAAUAAAACCUAUGUGUUUGCUAAGUUAAUAUUGUUCUGUAUGUUUUAGUUCACAAAUGUGUUCUUUUUUCAUACAUUUCUAUUUUUUUUAAACAAAAAUGCCUUUGUGAAGAAAAGUGUAAAUAUUUUUUCUAUGUUUUGACAUUUAUCAAGGCACUGAUUAUUUACUUUUUUAAUUUCACGAAGGAAAAAAUCUCAACCUUACUUUUUUUGAUACACAGAAGUUUCAUUCAACAUUAAGUCUAAUGCUGUAUUUCUGACUGGUCUGAUGGGGGGGAAAGUGUUUUCUUUGUCUAUUUGAAACAGUAGAACCUUUCUCUGUGCUGUUGUCUGGUGUACUGCUCAAUGUACAGUAGCUUAUUAAUAUUGCCGAAGCAUUUUAGCAAUGUUUCUCUUUUUUUCAAUGGAAAGUACUCACAGGUGAGAUUUUCUAAGUGGUUUUAAAAGCCAAUAAAGAUUUUUAAAUAAUCAG